GUGAACACAAGGCAGAGUAACACGAACGAGGAAGGUUACCUUUUUUGAGCAGGAUGGGGAAUACGAAGAGCAGUGCUUUGUCGAAGGGACUCCUGGAAGAUCUGAAAUCCAACACCAAAUACUCCGAGGCCGAGCUCUGCACCUGGUACCAGUCCUUCCUGAAAGAGUGUCCCAGCGGGAAGAUAAGUAAGCAGCAGUUUGAAGGCAUCUACGCCAGCUUCUUCCCAGAUGCAGACCCCACAGCGUACGCACGGCAUGUCUUCAGGAGUUUUGACACCAACGCAGACGGCACUUUAGACUUUAAGGAGUACAUUGUCGCACUGCAUCUCACCUCUGGGGGAAAGACUCUGCAGAAGCUGGAAUGGGCCUUUGCCUUGUAUGACGUGGACGGAAAUGGAACCAUCAGCAAAAAUGAAAUCCUAGAGAUCGUUAGGUCGAUAUUCAACAUGAUUCCUGUGGAUGAUCAGAAGAACCUCCCUGAAGAUGAAAACACACCAGAGAAGAGGGCUGAGAAAAUCUGGGCAUUUUUCGGGAAGAAGGACAACGAUAAAAUCUUGGAGGGAGAAUUCAUUCAGGGUGUGAUGGACAACAAGGACAUCCUGCGCUUGAUACAAUACGAUGAGCCGCAAAAAAUCAAAGACAAGCUGAAAGAGAAGAAGCAAUAGUGCGUGGGCUACAAGACGGGGGCAGAAAAGCCCUCCCACAUGUGAUUUCAAGACUCAGUUUCAUUUUUGUGUUUACAUCUUCUCACUGCUUGUCCGCUUUCCCUGAGUUCUCUCUUUUUUUACUUAAUUUAAUGUUUUUUUGUGGGGGUGGUCUGUUUUGACUAAGAGCCAACCAGCAUCUUGUUUUUGUCUUUGCUCCCAUAAAGCAAGAAAAUAAUAGCAUUUGAGGAACAGAGGAAAGGCCAUCCAAAUUGGUGGGUAAAAAAAAAACAAUUUAACUGCACUGAAGUUAGAAACACUUUGUUUGGAUAUUCUGAAGGGCACAGAGAAAAUGUAGACUAUAAAUACAAUGUGUAGUUUCUUAAUAAAGAAAAGAAAGAGGAAAAACUAGCUAGCUUAAUAGCUCAAACGAUGAGAGGUGAAGAGGAAACAAGCACACAUUUGGUUUGUUUUAUAUUUUCCAAUAUAAUAAGAAAUAGCAGUGGUGUCACCAAAGAUGGUUGCAAGGCAACGGUCACGACUAGAAGCCGCGAGGCUAACAGUUAGCAUGCUAACGAGCGGCUAACCCAAUGUAGAAAAUGUAAAGGCAUACAGAAAGGUCUAGUCCAUUAUAAAUAUCAACAUUUCCUUCAGAUAUAUUACAAAUUUAAAAAGAAAACGCUGUAUGUCUGAAUUUAAACAUAUUAACUUACCGUCCAAUUCCGCCAUUUUGGAAACACCGGGCACCAAACGCGUCGGAAACUUGACCUCAGAUCAUUUCCUGUUAUGAUGAACACUACAAGAGUGUGCCAUUAAUUAGUCACAGAACACAAAACCAUUUGAAGGCAGCAAUAGUGUCAUGUUUUAAUGUUCCACACUUCUCCCAGCUGUGGAUUUGUAUUUAAAAUACUGUCAUCAUUAAACUGCCUGAACAGCAGGAUGUGACUUUUGAUGUGUUACCAAACACGUGAAUCAUUUAUGAGAUCAUAAAAAAGUAAUAUGAACUAGAAAACCAGACUAGUGAUUGUAUUCAUGCUAGCUGGUGCGAAGGAAGUAAACACGAAGCUAAUUCACACACUUAAAUUUGAAUGAUCGAUGUGACUUGCUAUAGACUUAAUUACAUUUGUUUAGCUGUUCACGGAAGCCCUAAGCUUUCCUCAGUUUUCCCGUGAUAACGACUUAAUUUCUCCCGAUUUCUUGAGGUCUUGAGUUAAUUAUCUCAGGAAAACAAGCUCCGUUUUGUUGUUAUCCUGAGAAAACAAAGCUCACUGCCAAAUUUUAAAUCUCUUUGGGGAGAAACUAGCCUAGCUAAACCGCGUUUAGCCUAGUUAGGAGAAUAACAUAUUUUAAUUAUUUUACAUUUGCCUGUCGUUGGGACUUCAUUCAUCUUACAUUACUCUGGAAAUGUCAGUAGUAUCAAAUAUUUUCAGGGAAAACACCAUUAAACCCACAGAUCAGAUAAACUUGUGUGGCUAACUAGCUUACAGAGCUCUCUUUAGCAUUUAGCCUUUAGGGAAUGAGUGUUAAAGCAUGUCAAAUCGUAUUUAAUUUAAAAAUGGCAUCGCUACAUUAGUUUGCUGUGUUUAUUAUUGUAGCAUCGAAGUGUUCACUGUCCCCGUUUGCUCUGCUUUCUGACUUUGUGCGACAGCCUCUGUACCCUGACCUGCUCCGCUCUGCCCGCCGCCCUCGGUGAUGUUUCUGACUGGCCAGUUCACUCUCUCAUGACUGGCAGCUUGUUUUUUCACACUCGGAUUCAUUCAUUAGGUUGAUAGCAAGAAAGUCUGGGCGAGAGCGCCUUAUGACAGGGAAUUAGGCUCAGGUUAACAAUCCGUCUGCGUAAGCCGAUCCUAUUAGGAGCUGAAGGUCAGAUGAGACAAACAACCUCCUUACUCUAGUGUUAGGAUCAUAUUGGCACUGAACGCAACACAAUGCAAGAAUAUUUUUCAUGUGACAUGUCAUGGUAGUAAUAAAUAAUGGGUGGGUGAUGGUCACCAUAACUCCUGUGUACUCUAAAUAUGUAGGGUAACCUUUAAUUACAUUUUUGUAAUCUUCAACGCAUCCAUAAUUAGCAGAGAGUCAGGAGGUUUGUGGAAGAAGACACAAGUGUGUGAUCCGUCUUUUGGCUUAAUGCUAACAAAAUGUGCUCAGAUAUAUAUUUCCUUGUGUUGUUCUUUUUUGCCGUUGUGUAAACAUUGAUUUUUAUCCUCCUCUCCCUGAAAUCCCAAACUCCCAGCAGAGUUACAUAAUCACACAGCAUGACAUUUGAUUUUGAAAGAGGAGAUUUAUUUUGAACACUGCAUUCCUCAGUACACCGCCUGGACAGAGGUCAUCUAUGAUCAAACAUCCUUAAAACAUCGGGAACAUUGGAUUUAAUGCACGUUAAUGAAAAACGUUCACCACAGAGGGGCAGUUAACUCAACCGGCACGUCAUCGUCGAUUCAUGUCAAGAACAUUUAGAACGUAAUAACUCGCCAUAACACUUAGUGCACAACAUUGACACACACUGAUAAAACCUCUACAACAGAUACGCUAUUCAAAACGUGUGCAUGAAGCCGUGUAAAGCAAAGUCUGGAUGUGCUGCAGUUCACCUGAUUCAAAUAAAGAUGAGCAGUGUGUUUUUCGUAAGGCUGUUAAGCAUAGAUUUAUUUUCACAUUGCAUUUUUUUUAUUUUUUUUAUUUUUU